GCCAUCGAGGGCAAAUCCCUGGAGUGCGUGAAGGAGAUUUUCGGAAGAGGAGCAGACGUGAACUCACGGCAGGGCAAGUCGGAAGUGACGCCACUGCUGCUCGCGCUGUCGUUGAGAGAGGAGAGCAUCGCGAGCUACCUGCUCGAGAGGAAUGCUGAUGUCUUCCGGAGCGAUGCUGAUGGAACCUUGCCGCUCCACAUGGCAGCUGCUGCAUGUCACGUGGACUGCGUGAAGGUGCUGAUUGAGCAUGGUGCUAACGUGGACCAAAGGGACUCGCAAGGCUGGAGCCCCCUG